AUGUCAGAUUCCAACAGAACUGACUUUAUCAACCCCUCCAUCUUCAUCCUGCUGGGAAUUCCUGGCCUGGAGGCAGCCCAUGUCUGGAUCUCCAUCCCCUUCUGCACCAUUUACGCCAUUGCCAUCUUGGGGAACGUCACCAUUCUAUUUGUUGUGAAGACAGAUCCAAGUCUCCAUGAGCCCAUGUACUAUUUCCUCUGCAUGCUGGCCAUCACCGACCUGGUCCUGUCUACAUCUACCCUGCCCAAAAUGCUGAGCAUCUUCUGGUUCAGUUCCAGGGAGAUCGAUUUCAGUGCCUGCCUCACCCAGAUGUUCUUCAUUGACUGCUACUCAAUGAUGGAAUCUGGGAUCUUUGUGGCCAUGGCGUUGGAUCGCUACGUGGCCAUUUGUGUUCCACUGAGACAUUCCUCCAUCCUGACAAACACUGUGGUGUCCAAGAUUGGUCUAGCCAUGAUGCUUCGUGGCAACAUUCUCAUAAUGCCCUGUCCCUUCCUUGCAAGUCAGUGGUCAUAUUGCAGAACCAACAUUAUCCCCCAUACAUACUGCGAGCACAUGGCUGUGGUUGAGUUGGCUUGCACUGACAUCACCAUCAGUAAUUACUACGGCCUUUCUGUGCUGCUCUGUGUCCAUGGUCUGGAUGUUAUUUUUAUUGCCAUUUCCUAUACCCAAAUCCUUAGGGCUAUUUUCAGCCUCCCCACAAAGGACGCCCGGCUCAAGACUUUUGGGACUUGCAGCUCCCACCUCUGCGCCAUCCUUACAUUUUAUGUCCCAAUGAUCUUUACCUCCCUCAUACACCGGUUUGGCCACAGGGUGGCCCUGCCUUUCCACAUUCUCAUUGCCAACAUUUACCUCUUGGUGCCCCCCAUGCUAAACCCCAUCAUCUAUGGGGUGAGGACCAACCAAAUCCGGAAUAGGAUCCUCUGGCUCUUUACUCAUAAAAGAACUUAA